AUGAACAACUCGGGCGCCGACGAGAUCGGGAAGCUUUUUGUGGGCGGUCUUGACUGGAGCACCACCCAAGAGACGCUGCGCAGCUACUUUUCCCAGUAUGGAGAGGUCGUGGACUGCGUGAUCAUGAAAGACAAGACGACCAACCAGUCUCGAGGCUUUGGCUUUGUCAAAUUCAAAGAUCCAAACUGCGUGGGCACGGUGCUGGCCAGCAGACCACACACCCUCGAUGGCCGAAACAUUGACCCAAAGCCAUGCACGCCUCGGGGGAUGCAGCCGGAGAGGACGCGGCCGAAGGAAGGCUGGCAGAAAGGACCCAGGAGUGAUAACAGUAAAUCAAAUAAGAUAUUUGUCGGAGGAAUUCCUCACAAUUGUGGUGAGACAGAGCUCAGGGAAUACUUCAAGAAAUUUGGAGUGGUCACAGAAGUGGUCAUGAUCUACGAUGCGGAAAAGCAGAGGCCUCGAGGUUUUGGAUUUAUUACUUUCGAGGACGAACAAUCAGUGGACCAGGCUGUCAACAUGCAUUUUCACGACAUCAUGGGCAAAAAAGUGGAAGUUAAACGGGCUGAACCUCGGGACAGCAAGAGCCAAGCGCCGGGACAGCCAGGUGCCAGCCAGUGGGGCAGCCGGGUCGUGCCCAAUGCCGCCAAUGGCUGGGCAGGCCAGCCCCCGCCUACGUGGCAGCAGGGAUAUGGCCCACAAGGAAUGUGGGUGCCGGCAGGACAGGCGAUCGGUGGCUAUGGACCGCCCCCCGCAGGAAGAGGAGCCCCCCCACCGCCCCCACCCUUUACCUCCUACAUUGUGUCUACCCCUCCUGGAGGCUUCCCGCCUCCCCAGGGCUUCCCCCAGGGCUACGGCGCGCCCCCACAGUUCAGUUUCGGCUACGGACCUCCACCUCCCCCACCAGAUCAGUUUGCCCCUCCGGGGGUUCCCCCACCACCGGCCACUCCCGGGGCCGCACCUCUGGCCUUCCCGCCACCUCCAUCUCAGGCCGCCCCGGACAUGAGCAAACCACCGACCGCCCAGCCCGACUUCCCGUACAGCCAGUAUGGUUACGGACAGGACUUGGCCAGCUUCGGACAGGGCUUCUCAGACCCUAGCCAGCAGCCCCCCUCCUAUGGGGGCCCCUCGGUGCCUGGCUCAGGGGGUCCCCCCGCUGGCGGAAGUGGCUUUGGACGCGGUCAGAACCACAACGUACAAGGAUUCCAUCCCUACCGACGCUAG